AUGCCUCUCCAGCUUCCCGCCCCAAGAACGCCCUUGCACCUCUACCGCCACCUUCUCCGUGAAGCUUCAUACCUUCCCCCCGUGAUCCGGCCCUGUUUAACGGAGCGGAUUGUAUCCAUGUUCCAGCGACACCGGCACGAUCCAGACCCAACGACUCGAAUUCGCAAAGGAAACACUAAGCUUCGUACCAUGCGAGCUGCAGUCGCCGGGGACUAUAAUAGCCUGGAGAAGCUCGUCAAAACUGGGUUUGGGCGCAUCGGCUUCCGUCGUCGCCAGCUUAUUUCAGACUUCUUACGUCGGGAGCCGCCCCGGGAUAGCACUGCUCUGCAAAAGUUUCUGGACUGGAAGAUAGGAACUGGGCCCGUUCCUGAGCACCUUAUGGAGUUUCGUGCUCGAGAGCGCCAGGAGACGCUGGCGUAUGACUGGCUGGAUGGCUGGGAUACCGACAAGUUCGCUGUAUUGUUGAAAGCCCAGUUGGAGGUGCCCGACUUGCCAAAGAAGUACGAGAUCAAGAAUAAGCGGUUGGAUGCAUACCACAACGUGCCCCAACUGAACGGGUUUAGCCUUCCCUUCCCUCCAAAACCAGCUCGCACAAAAGUCAGAAGGUUCUGGAAGCUCCUUGCGGAGAAAGCACUCCCGCCCGUUCCUAAAGAGGAAUGGACUAUACUGCGAGAUCUCGCUCAUGGAAAGGAUAUGGCGCGCGGGCAAGUGCUACCAAGGAGACCAGUGGCUGUUCUUGGUGAGGACGCCGAGCUAGAACUUGCAAAGCAGUCGUGGGACAUGGAGAAUUACCUCUUGCAGCCAACCGGCUGGGUUGAUCGCAAGUCGUCUCGUAAGAGGGUAUUGUUCAGUGGCAUACCGCAGCCCAAUGACGAGCUGGGAUUCGCACCAGAGGGAUUAUCAUCCAAGAUGACUACGCGGAAUAUGCGCCGCAUGUACGAGCAAGUUUGGCGAAUGACACCGUUUAUUGAAAAGAAAGGCAAUUCGGUGCAAGAUUGGGACGUGAAGUUCGGCCAGCCAAGUACUACUAGAAGCAACAACGCAUCACAAACUUGGCAUCAGGUGUUCCAAGGUGUGGAUCUGAAUGGCUUUCCAAUAGAAAAAACAGCAGCGACUGGCGCCUGUGCUGUUUAG